AACACAGCUUGUUGGAGCUGAGCUGCCAAACUACAGCAGCUGCCGGAUCCUGGGACAGAGCAAGGAUUUCAGCCAUAUCGACCACCGACCCCACCAGAGGGAGGAGCCAGGCUCAGCUACCAGCUCUGGCUCGUCCUGCCCGGGGCCAUGACCUUCACCGAGCUCGUCGACCGCGUGGCCAGCGAAGGGCCCUUCCAGCUCCUGCACACGGUCCUGCUGGGCCUCCCGAUCCUCGGCAUGGCAAACCACAACCUGCUGCAGAUCUUCACGGCGGCCACCCCCGCCCAUCACUGUCGCCCGCCUCCCAACGCCUCCGCGGGGCCCUGGGCCCUCCCCAUGGGCCUGAAUGAGAAGCCUGAGCCGUGCCUCCGUUUUGUAUAUCCACCCAACGCCAGCCUGCCCAAUGACACCCAGGGGGCCACCGAGCCCUGCCUGGACGGCUGGACCUACGACGUCAGCGCCAGGGACUCCAUUGUGACUGAGUGGGACCUGGUGUGCAACUCCAACAAACUGAAGGAGAUGGCCCAAUCUAUCUUCAUGGCGGGCAUACUGAUUGGGGGGCUCGUGCUGGGAGACCUGUCUGACAGGUUUGGCCGCAAGCCCAUCCUGACCUGCAGCUACCUGCUGCUGGCAGCCAGCGGCUCAGGCGCAGCUUUCAGCCCCACCCUCCCCAUCUACACAGUCUUCCGCUUCCUGUGUGGCUGCGGCAUCUCGGGCAUCACCCUGAGCACCACGAUCUUGGGUGUCGAGUGGGUGUCCACCCGGAUGCGGGCCAUCAAGUCGAUUUCACUCGGUUACUUCUACACCAGUGGCCAGUUCAUUCUGCCAGGCCUGGCCUACGCCAUCCCCCAGUGGCGCUGGCUCCAGUUAACCGUGUCCAUUCCCUUCUUUGCCUUCUUCCUGCUGUCCUGGUGGCUGCCAGAGUCCAUACGUUGGAUGAUCCUGUCUGGAAGGUCCUCCGAGGCCCUGAAGACAUUCCGGCAGGUGGCGGCCUUCAAUGGCAAGAAGGAGGAAGGAGAAAAACUCAGCCUGGAGGAGAUCAAACUCAACCUCCAGAAGGAGAUCACCUUGGCCAAGGCCAAGCACAGCAUAGCUGACCUGUUCCGGACACCCAUGCUGCGCCGAGUGACCUUCUGUCUUUCCCUGGCCUGGUUUUCCACCGGUUUUGCCUACUAUAGUUUGGCUAUGGGUGUGGAGGAAUUUGGCGUCAACCUCUACGUUCUCCAGCUCAUCUUUGGUGGGGUUGACGUCCCAGCCAAGUUCAUCACUAUGGUCUCCAUAAGCUAUCUGGGCCGGCACACCACGGAGGCCAUUGCUCUACUCCUGGCAGGAGGAUGCAUCCUGUCUCUCAUCUUUGUGCCUUCGGACUUGUGGACCCUGAGGACAGUACUGGCUGUGUUUGGGAAGGGGUGCUUGUCCAGCUCCUUCAGCUGCCUCUUUCUCUACACGAGUGAGCUCUACCCCACGGUCAUCCGGCAAACAGGUAUGGGCAUAAAUAACCUGUGGACUCGUGUGGGAAGCAUGACGGCCCCACUGGUGAAAAUCACCGGGGAACUGAAGCCCUUCGUCCCCAAUGUCAUCUUUGGGACCAUCGCCCUCCUGGGAGGCAGUGCAGCCCUCUUCCUGCCUGAGACGCUCAAUCAGCCCUUGCCAGAGACUGUUGAAGACUUAGAAAACUGGUCCCUGCAGGCAAAGGAGCCAAAGCAGGAGCCAGAAGCGGAAAACGCAUCCCAGAGGAUCCCUCUGCAGCCUUGUGAAGUGGGCCUGGGCCCCAACUGAAGGCAACAGACCCUCCUUCCCUGCCCUCCAGAGACUAAUCCCAGCCAGGUCCUUGCCUGUCUCUGGGCUCCGCAGGCACCUAGGGGAGGGCCCUGGGUGCAUCUAUGCUCCUAGGACACAGUCUUCUGAGAGCUCGUUGGAGGUAUCUCCACCACCACCAGAGCUCCCCAACCCAGCCCUGGCCAGUUCAAAAGUUUAGCCACAGGACUUUGCAGACCCCACCUUGCCCUCACCCUCCCUGUAGCCCAGGCCCUGCCAUUCUUCUGUCCAGCCCUUCCCCACUGAGCACUUCCCACAUUGUUCCCACUCCCUUCCCCUUCUUACUCCCACCCCUUUCUUCAAUGGGAGGUUUCAAUAAACAGCAGUGAAGAACUC